AUGGAUGUACCAAAUCAUGAUCGUAGACUGCCUGAUUUUGUCGAGAUUGACCCAGAUUUUGUAGCAGAUUUUGCUGAAGGUGAAUUGAGAUCUGAUAUGGUCACCAGACGGCCUCUUGUUCAAUCUAUGUCUAAUGAAGAUAGAAGCGGCACCUCAACUACUCAUUCUGCAAAUUACGCUGUCUCUUCCCGAGAGUUGAGCUUGCGUUUGCAUGAGGUGAUUCAGUCAAGGCUUGAAGAACAAGUACAAGAACUUGAGACAGCCCUCGAGAACAGCCAGAGGAAGCCUCAAGUCCCGAAAUUAUCAUGGGAAACUCCAGAUCAUGUAUACAAUGAGGCUUAUGAAGAGGUGACAGAAGAGGGUACACCAUUUCACAUUGAUCGGAAUAAUCAUCAAGAAAAGCUGCCUUGGUGUGAUCAAUACGAUGCAAACAGAUCAGAUGGAACAUUUUAUGAUCAGGUAAGAACAUCGGAAGAUCAAACUUCAAGGGUCCAGGAACUACUUGAUGUGAGUGUAAGUGAAGAUGAUUGUAGUGAUGAUGAAAUGGAGAAGCUAUUGAUACAGCAAAUUGUGGAGAAAACCAAGAAAGGAUCUCCUGUAUUGCUAAAUGCACAAAGAAUAUUGUUUUCCAUGGAUGAAAUUUAA